AUGGACUUUUCAUCGACAUCGUUGCCGACAGAAGCCGCUGAAUGGCGAUCUCGUUCCGAUAUGGAACACUGGGCUAUCUCAGUCACUCAGGCACGCAUGAGCGUUGCCCGACCAUUACCUGAGGCUUAUCCUCAUUUGAUAUGCGUGCGAUAUGUUUGCACCCUCCGCCACUCCUGUGCUCUCUACCGAUCCAACAAGCAGUACGUGUGCAAGGCAUGGCGGCUACUUAUUUACCUGCUAUUGAAUGCAUCUCAGCUUCGCUUUCGAUGUGAUCUUCUCGAGAAACUGGUGGGUUCGAUGAAUGGCGUCCCACUGGAUGUGACGUCGUUGUUAUGCGAGUGGCAGUGA